GGUCGNCCCGCAGCUCCGGACAUGGCAGCGGAGAGCACCGGCGCGGCCCCCGCCGCCGUGCCCGCCUGCCUGGAGGGGAAGGGCCCCGGGGAGCGGGCGGCCAUCCUGCACCAGCACCUGGGCCGCAGGGAGAUGACCGACGUGAUCAUCGAGACCAUCCAGCCGCGGGCAGAUGAAACAAAAGCUGCCAUGGAAGGAAGAAAAUCCUCGGAGUCUGCAUCAGCUGAGGACAAAACUAAACAGGAGGAUCAAAGCAAGGAUUGUGAGGCUGCUCCAGACUCGCCUUCCAAACAGCUCCCAGAUCAGAUUUCCUUCUUCAGUGGGAACCCCUCGGUUGAAAUCGUUCAUGGAAUUAUGCACCUGUACAAAACAAACAAGAUGACGUCCCUGAAGGAGGAUGUGCGGCGCAGUGCCAUGCUCUGCAUCCUCACUGUCCCCGCCACCAUGACCAGCCACGACCUCAUGAAGUUUGUGGCCUCCUUCUACGAAGUGAUCGAGCACAUGAAGAUCAUCCGAGACUCCACCCCAAACCAGUACAUGGUGCUCAUCAAGUUCAGCUCCCAGGCUGAUGCAGACAGUUUCUACAUGGCCUGCAAUGGCCGGCAGUUCAACUCCAUUGAGGAGGAUGUUUGCCAGCUCGUGUAUGUGGAAAGGGCUGAAGUCUUCAAGUCAGAAGAUGGGGCCAGCCUGCCCGUGAUGGAGAUCCUCACCACGCUGUGCAACCACAGCUUCCACAGCCAGUGCCUGCAGCGCUGGGAGGACACCACGUGCCCUGUGUGCAGGUACUGCCAGACUCCAGAGCCCGUGGAAGAGAACAAGUGCUUUGAGUGUGGAGUUCAAGAAAACCUGUGGAUCUGUCUGAUCUGCGGGCACAUCGGCUGCGGGCGCUACGUGAGCCGCCACGCCUACAAGCACUUUGAGGAGACACAGCACACGUACGCCAUGCAGCUCACCAACCACCGCGUCUGGGACUACGCCGGGGACAACUAUGUCCAUCGGCUGGUGGCAAGCAAAACUGAUGGCAAGCUAGUUCAGUACGAGUGUGAGGGGGAUAUGUGCCAGGAGGAGAAAAUUGAUGCCUUACAAUUAGAGUAUUCCUAUUUGCUGACGAGCCAGCUGGAAUCCCAGCGCAUCUAUUGGGAAAACAAGAUAGUCCGGAUCGAGAAGGACACAGCUGAAGAGAUUAACAACAUGAAGACCAAAUUUAAAGAGACCAUUGAGAAGUGUGACAGUCUGGAACAGCGGCUCAAUGACUUGCUCAAAGAAAAGCAGUCAGUGGAGAGGAAGUGUUCCCAGCUGAACAACAAAGUGGCAAAGCUCUCCAACGAGCUGAAGGAGGAGCAGGAACUGAACAAGUGCUUGCGAGCAAACCAGGCCUUGCUGCAGAACAAACUGAAGGAGGAGGAGAGGCUGUUAAAGGAAACCUGCGAGCAGAAGGACCUGCAGAUCUCCGAGAUCCAGGAGCAGCUGAGGGAUGUCAUGUUCUACCUGGAGACACAACAGAAAAUCAACCACCUCCCAGCUGAGACCCGCCAGGAGAUUCAGGAAGGACAGAUCAACAUUGCAGUGGCAUCUUCUGCCAGCUCCUCCACGGCAGGCACGGGCAAACCUUCCUCCAGGAGAGGCCGUGGCAAGAGAGGGAAAUGAGAACAGGAAUUCUCUCCUCCCACCCUGGAACUGGCCAUGCCAACAUCAGGCCAGGCUCACCUUGGGACUUGGGCUGGAAACACCCAGCUCACUAAAGCUCAGCUAGAAAUUGUCUCCAGAGCUGCUCAUAAAACUGGCUGCCAGUCAGUGAAGGUGUCUGUGGUAUUUAAAAGCAUUUCACUGCACUAUUUAGCUGUUUUCAGGCAGAUCUUGGUGACCAUUUUUGCCUUCCCUCCUUUUCAGAGCCCCUCCUGUCAUGCAUUUGACUUUCUUGGAGAGUGUUUUGGGGUGGGGGGGGUGUGUCCAUGUCCAACAUCCCAUUCCCUGCAGGGAUGCUGUAGAGUAGGCUCAGCCCAGUGUGUAAGGCUUCUCCAGUUCUUCUCCUGGAUUAAAAGUACUCUCAAUUAAGAAGUUAUUUAAUAAACAGUGUAAAUUAGGUUAUAUACAUCUCCUUUUUGUAUGUGCAGUCCUGACACUGCAGAACUGCCUGUGCAGGAGUAGAACUGUAGUUUGGAAAGAAAAAGGAGUGAGGUGUGGAAAAUGAACCAUCUUAGUGGUGUAAGAAACCAGGCAAGUCCUAAAGGCCAAUGGUCUGGGAAUUUAAAGGCUUUAAGGGACUUUGCUCUGAUCUCUCUUCAUUUUAAAGAUGGCCUUGAGAGGCCAGCGCUUGCUGUGCUGCCUGUGGGGCAGAAAGGGUGGAAGUUUUGUGUUCUGGAUGCUGUUUAAUGUGGUUCUUUUAUAGGUAUUUCUACAAAUUAAGCGGAGUCAUCUGUGAGUUGGGGAACACAUUCCGGUGCUCUUGGAGCAGGGUGGGUGUGUGUCCCCUCCCUGAGCUGCACUGGGAGUGCUCCAGAACUGUUUUCCUCAGAGCCAGGUGAGGAGAGGGACAAGCACAGCCUUUUCCAAACUCUUUCCACAUUCCCGGAGCUGCCGGUGCUGGGUCUGCAGUGGAGCCUCCACCAGAUCCUCACCAGGAGCUGCAGCUCUUGGUUCCAGUUCCUGUGUUCACCAAAACGUGGCACUAUCCACAACCUCAGCUGGCAAAGCUUCCGUGUGACUUGCCCCAAAGGGACUCAGGUCCUGGAAGGGAAUUUUGUGCACAAAUCUAAUUUGGUUUGGGUUUUUUUGUUGGUUUUCGCUUAGAAUCUAAGACUCGAUGCUCUGGGGUGGCAAGUUUUCCCCUGGAGAAGCGACUGUCCUGGCUGCUGUUGUGCUCAGAAUUGGAGCAUUUAAAGGCUGAUCUUUUGUUAAACAUGGCAGGGGAGUCCUCAGUUGUCUUUUCAGGCCAGGGGACAAUCCUUGUCCUUGUUGGAACAAUCAUGACCUUAGUUUGGAACACUGAAACAGCUCUGGCUGAGCAGGUCCAGCCUGGAACACAGGCAUGAAACAGCCAGUCCUUUAUUGCUAGAAGUUGUUCUUUUUUUGGCCCAUUGAAAGGGACAAGUCCCAGUCCCUGGAAUGACCCCAGGAAGGCGGGUGGUUCCCAUCCACUUCCUGCCUGCAUGGACAGAGAGAGUUGAACUUCCUGACUGGAAUUACAGGGCUGUUAGUGCAUUCUGGGCAUCCCCUGCUUGGGUUUGGAGAUCUGCCCCCACCACCUGGAACUUGGACCUUUUCUGACUUUGUAGCAGGAAUGUACACUCACUUUUCCGGUGUGUGGAUUGUACUACCAGGCCUCUGCCUUCUGUAAAUGACUCUUAAGGACCUCGAGAUGUACAGCACGGCUUGCUCUCCUAGAGAAACUAUUUUAUUUAAGAUAUAUUUUUACACCAUUAAGAUCCUCUGACCUUUUGCUGAAGGCUUGCUUUGUGUAGAACACUAAAGAUGCUGUACUGUAUCUUGGAAUUCAUUUUCAAAAAAUGUGAUGGAAAAUUAAACCAGCGUGCAGUUC